GUGCGCCCGGGCUGCGCGCUCCCCUGGGGUCCCGGAGCCAAGGCCGUCGGCCGCUCUCGGGGACCGCGAAGGAGGCCACCCCGCAUGCGCGGUCGGCAGCCCUUGCCCCCCUCGCCAUGGCGGCGCCGUCGCGGCUCCUGAUCCGCGGGGGGCGCGUGGUCAACGACGACCUCUCGCAGGUGGCCGACGUGCUGGUGGAGGACGGCGUGGUGCGGGCGCUCGGCCGCGACCUGCUGCCGCCCGGGGGCGCGCCCGCCGGCCUGCGGGUCCUCGACGCCGCCGGCAAGCUGGUCCUGCCCGGCGGCAUCGACACGCACACGCACAUGCAGUUCCCCUUCAUGGGCGCGCGGUCCGUGGACGACUUCCACCAGGGCACCAAGGCUGCCUUGGCAGGAGGCACCACCAUGAUCAUUGAUUUUGCCAUUCCUCAGAAGGGCGGUUCCCUCAUCAAGGCCUUCGAGACCUGGCGAAGCUGGGCUGAUCCCAAAGUCUGCUGUGACUACAGUCUUCACGUGGCAGUGACAUGGUGGAGUGACCAGGUUAAAGAAGAAAUGAAAAUCCUUACCCAAGACAAAGGUGUGAACUCUUUCAAGAUGUUUAUGGCCUAUAAAGACCUGUACAUGGUGAGGGACGAGGAGCUGUAUGCCGCCUUCUCUCAGUGCAAGGAGAUCGGAGCAAUUGCUCAAGUCCACGCGGAAAACGGAGACCUGAUUGCAGAGGGAGCAAAGAAGAUGCUGGCAUUGGGGAUAACAGGCCCUGAGGGCCAUGAGCUGUGCCGCCCGGAAGCAGUGGAGGCAGAGGCCACACUGAGAGCCAUCACCAUAGCCAGCGCUGUGAACUGCCCUCUCUACAUCGUGCACGUGAUGAGCAAAUCUGCAGCAAAGGUGAUAGCCGAUGCGAGGAGAGACGGGAAAGUGGUCUAUGGAGAACCCAUAGCGGCAAGUCUCGGCACAGAUGGCACUCACUACUGGCAUCAAGACUGGCACCAUGCAGCCCACCAUGUUAUGGGCCCACCCCUGCGACCAGACCCAUCAACGCCUGACUUCCUCAUGAAUCUAUUGGCUAAUGGUGAUCUAACCACAACAGGAACUGACCACUGCACUUUCAACACCUGCCAGAAAGCUCUUGGGAAGGAUGAUUUCACGAAGAUUCCCAAUGGGGUGAAUGGUGUUGAGGACCGGAUGUCAGUAAUAUGGGAAAAAGGCGUGCAUAGUGGCAAAAUGGACGAAAAUCGAUUUGUGGCAGUUACCAGCACAAAUGCAGCUAAAGUCUUUAAUCUCUAUCCAAGAAAAGGAAGAAUCGCGGUGGGAUCAGAUGCAGACAUUGUGAUUUGGGACCCAAAAGCCACAAGGACUAUUUCGGCAAGAACUCAUCAUCAGGCUGUUAACUUCAAUAUCUUCGAGGGCAUGGUUUGCCACGGGGUGCCCCUUGUGACCAUUUCCAGAGGCAAAGUGGUGUACGAAGCUGGAGUUCUUAGUGUCACAGCAGGAGAUGGAAAGUUUAUUCCUCGCAAACCAUUUGCUGAGUAUAUUUACAAACGGAUCAAGCAGCGAGACCAGACUUGCACACCUACCCCUGUGGAGCGUGAACCCUACAAGGGAGAAGUCGUCACACUGAAAACUAGAGAGACAAAAGAAGACGUCGCAGCAGGGACCAGGAAACAGGCCCACCCCUGAGCUGGGUGCUGUGGGUAAAAUCAGAGAAAAGAAUUCUGCUGUUCCCAUCACUGUUAAGUGUCGUCAGCCCGUGGAGAAACAGGCCUCAUUUCAACUCCCCAAGAUGCUUUUGAAAAAAUAAUCGCUCAAGGCCUCUUUGAUUUCCUUUCAGAAGCAAUUGCUGUCUUUCUCACUGUGACUUUGUUGCUGCGUAAGAUGGAAGAUAUAAAUGACUAUUAUUGUGAUGGAAAGUCCAUGUGAAAAUUCAUUGAUGAUACUUUAAAAUGACAUCUUUGCUUGUACUGGAUUUCUUGCUUUGAAAUUUUAAAAAUCACUUUCUUGUUUAAGGUUGUUUUAAUGGCUACCAUUUGUUUAAAAAUAGCAAACUCUGUGGUUUUACAUCCUAUUCUAAUUAAUAAACAUUGAGAUCUGCAUUUUA